GACCGGUAAAACAGCGGUGGCCACAGAUACAAUUCUAAAUCAACAAGGACAAAAUGUAAUAUGUGUUUACGUAGCUAUUGGUCAAAAAGCAUCUUCCGUGGCUCAGGUAGUUACCUCUUUACAGGAAAGAGGGGCAAUGGAGUACACUAUUGUAGUAGCCGAAACGGCGGAUUCUCCGGCUACAUUACAAUACCUUGCUCCUUAUACAGGAGCAGCUCUGGCCGAAUAUUUUAUGUAUCGUAAACGACACAGGGAGAAGGGCGAAGGGAGAGGGAUGGUUCCCCCAGGUGGUUCAUCAAUCCUCCUUCAAGCUAGGGGAUGGUUGGUUGGGAAGGUCUCUUUGGGACGAAAUUGGCCAAUAAGAAUAACGUCUGGCGGGCUUCUUUCAUUUGCUGAUUCUGGAAUAGCCGACUCCUGGUAAAUGCCUCUCCGGCAUCUGAGAAUGAUUCGAGCCGUAUGAAGGGAAACUCUCACGUAGUAAGCAUCCUGCGCUAGCUGUUAGAGAUCCUCUAUGUACAUCUAAGGGCUCCUUGCUCAUGUUUUCAACAUAGAUCCAACUUCCGGGUAUAAGAAAGAACCAAGACCUUC